AUGGAGGGCGCCGCCGCAGUCACCACCUUCGGUGUUCUCCAACUAACUAACACCUCCACCAACGUCAUCUGCCAUGCGUUUUUCCCUUCUUCCAUUCCUUCUCUUCUACCCGUCAACAAAACCAUCUCCUUUAGCACUACCCUCGUCUUUCAAAUCCUAAAGUCCGCCACCAGCUCCAGCGGCAGCCACGGCCUCGGCUUCACCUUCUCUCCUACUAAAAUCACUCCCUCACCCGGCUGUUGCCCUUAUCUUGGCCUUUUCGGUAGGGAAAACAAUGGAAACUUCUCCAACCAUGUAUUCGCAGUCGAGUUUAACACUGCCCGUGGCUUUGGCUUCUUCACUGAUGAAAUCCAUGUUGGCAUCGACAUCAACAGCAUCGUAUCGGUCUCCUCCGCUAGCCCUUCUUACUAUGACAACACCACCAAUAGCAAUGUCAAUCUUGAUUUCUUGCAGGGUGAUCCUUUGGAAGCAUGGAUUGAAUAUGAUGGUGUUUCGAAGGAUUUAAAUGUGAUGUUAGCUUCAUUGAAUGUCGCUAAACCUUCAAAACCGUUGAUAUCUUAUGCCACCGAUUUGUCUAAUGUCUUCAAAGAAAAUAUGUAUGUUGGCUUCUCUGCUUCCAUCGGCACACAACCGAACUCGCAUUAUAUCUCCGGUUGGAGUUUUCAUGUGAAUGGAGAAGCACAAGCUCUAGAUCUCUCUUCGCUUCCAUUCCCUCAGUGA